UCUUCAUGCUGCAUUUGGUCGCACUUGGGAUGGGCAUUGAAUUUUGAUGCACCGUUCUCAGUUUACUACAUUCCCGGUGUGAUUAUUCCUUCUGAACCCCAAGUAAAACACAUUUUCACUUCGUAAAAUCACCAGAUUUAUGUUGUUUUAGACUCUACCAAUAGACAUUUGUUUACUGGCACAGUUAUCAGCCAGUGACCUUGAACUAGAUGCCGCUUUUGUUUUGAUAAAUCCUUCCAAAUUCGCGAAUGCCGGCACUUUGACAGUGAUGUGCAUUUACAAUGUGCAGUUCAAAGCUUGAAUCCGCACAAAUAAAGCGCCCCCCUCGUCUUCGUUUGACAACGCUUCUGGUGAAGUUGUCAUUGGUUUGUUGGUUCGAUGGCUUCUGGGAAAGAUUUUCCCGUCGAAAGUGUUUCACUAGCAGCUAGCAGCAGGCUAGGUUUUAGUUCUGCAGUUUGCUUCAUUUGUCCCGCUUUGCCGUCAAAACAGUGUGGAUUCGAGCGUGAUAAGACAUUGCCGGUAGAAACAUUCCUGUAGUUCCUUCAGCCUAGUGCCGCAACUUCCAUUCGGUGUGGAACAUUCUGCUGAUUCGUGUUACUCGGUCUACUGCCCGAUGCAUGUUCCGAUGAGGGGUGCGAAUUUCGAUGGAUACGUUUUUCGGAUUUAAUACAAAGCUGCCGGUGGAGCUCGAUGACGGCGAGGAGGACGAGGAGUUUGCCCGCAAAUUCUAUUCGCAGACGACAACACGCAGAACCGGAUUGCGCUCCCCGUUGCACCGGCGAUGCACCGAAGACAUUUCGGACGAGGAGGAAUAUGACGCCUUGAAUGACGAAACGUUCGGUGCAGCGGUCAAAGGCGACUGGGAGGACAUUCACGAAACUCUGGUCCGGCUGGAACGUGGCAGAAGUGCUUCCAUCCCCGGGGACGAUGAUGAUGAUGCGAGCAGUGGAGAUUUGCUGUUCGACGAUUACGAUUUUGAUCUGCAACUUUCGAAGCUAACGCAGUGCGACGAUACCAACGAUGAGAGCGGACGGAGCAGUGCGGUUGCACAGAGCAUUGGUGAUGAGUUUGCGAGCAAGUUACGGUUGGAUCCAAGUAUCUGGGGAACUCCGUUUCAGGAAGCACCACCACCACCAUUAGCAUCAUCACCACAGCAACCGCAAUACUACGAUCGCAAAUCAAGCGUCACACCGUUCGCCCAAUCGAAUGCGUUUUAUCAUGCUACGGGUGAACAGAAUGCUGCACGGCCUACCGAGGUGUUUCCCGCAAUGAAAAUACGUUCGCUGGAGGACAUCGAACGAAACAUCAUCCACAAUCAGCACCAGCAAAACCAGCAUCAGCAAUCGUUUCACCUGCUGCAAAAACAAAUGGCACAGCAACAACAACAACAACAACUGCAACAACAGCGACUGAUGCAACCGUUUCUUCAAUCAACAGCACCUGCUCAUGGGCAUCAGCAACCGGUGGUGAAGCCUCGCGAGCAUAUUAUACCGACCAAGGAGGCCAAGACUAUUCCAUCGUUGCCCAUGCACUCAUCGCUAGGAGUUGGGCCCGCAUUGAUGACGCCACCACCGCAUCUAUUGGCAGCGCGAAACUGUGCCCUGUUCCCUUCUGGACCGCCACCGCAACCACCACAACCACCUGUACCACCAUUGUUGAAUCAUUCGAAUCGUCUUCCGCUCGGUCUACUGCCGUACAACAUACUAACCGCUCGUCCGUACUCGGCACCGAUCAACAACCUCGCGAUGCAUCCCGCUUUUCCACCGCACGGUCCGUACGGUUCGCCGCUUCAGGGAUUCCUGCAUCCACCACCGCCGGUAAAGAUCGGCCAACCAUUGCCUCAGCGCCACCCGGGACUGCCGGGACCACCGUUUCUGUUGCAGCAUAACCCAACACCGCACCCGAACAAUCAAUUCAAUCAGCGGCUUAUGCAGGAAAUACAACAAAAUCAUCCGAUCCUUGCGUUCAACAGACAGCUGCUCAAUUCAUUCAAUGCGUGCGGUAACGGAAUGAAGAUGCAUGUGCCUCAAAACCUGCCAAGGCCAGCUCUCGGCACGCAGCUGCAAUAUCCGCCGCAACAGCAGCAACGAUCACGGCAAGCAGCAGGCACCGGCAUACCACCGGGUGCCGGUCCGGAGAGAGAACGCGAUGAAUACGCAAACAUGAUGAGCAACCGGGACAAGCAGUGGCUGAUCGGGAUACAACUUUCGCAGCUCAACUCCGACGUACCCUAUUGGAACGAUUACUACUUCACCGUGUUUAAGCAAAGACUGGCGGAAGCGAAAGCAGAUGUGGAGGAAAACCAUAUCUACGUGGAAAACAAGCAAAGCCAUCCAUUUUCCAAUACUCCUACCAAAAAGGAGCAUGCACACCUGCUACUGCUAUCGAUGCUAACGCGGAACGUCAAGGUGGCCGGCAUGAUGAACCGCGAACGUCGGAGUUCCGAGUCUAGGCCUGCGGCUGGCGGUAACGAUGGAAAAGAUGGCAGUACGGCUCGUCCCUACACACCGUUUCAGUUUGAAAAGUCUCUCGGAAAGCUGCAGUGCGGAAGUGUAACUGCGCCGCGCAAGCUGAUCGAUGCCGAUGUCAUGGGCGGUGACCAACUGAACGGUAAUGGUGGCAUAACGGCAGCCGAGCAAUCUUUAACGCAGCGCAAAGCUCGGCAUGUGCUGCUGCUGAUUGAAACACUGUACAAUCUGUUGCUGAAGCUGGAAGACAAGCUUAACCCGAUCGCCAUAGCAACGGCCAAAGUAUUGCGCGAAAAGCAACUACGCGACCAUGCGAACAUGGUUGGCACAGCCUACAGCAAUGGCGGUUGCCCUGGGAAACUGGAAAAUUUCAAAGCAAAUGGCGUUACCAACGGGUGCAAUAAUGGGUUGGAGCCGGAAGAAUCCUUCGACGAGCUAUGUGAAUGUCUGCUGGGUCAGCUUUCGCAAGAAAAAGUGACAUCCAUACUCGGUGUGCGGAAGGGCCGGAAUUUACUUCGACGUACGUUGGGCGUACUCCACAAUCGACCAUCUCGCUGGACGCUGUGGAACAUGAUCUUUACCGCUUUGCCCUGCCUGGCCAAGAAGGAUCGCGACGAUGCGGAUUGCCUCGUGCUGGCACUUUACGGCGAAUUUGAGCGUCAGCUACGGCACGGUACGGUGGAAGAUUUGCUGCUGGUGGCGACGUCGAUCAGCAGCUCGCGCAAGGUGAUGCAGUGCAUCGUCGGCAGUAAGUUUCUGCUGUCCUGCAUCAUAACGAUCAUCUUUCAGAUGGAAAUGUUUUGCGGCAAGCAUCCGGCCUCCCUGCUAACCGUUUCCCAGGCCAACCACCAGUGGGUAACGUUUCUGCUGGACGUGAACCAGGUUGUGAAGGAGAGUGCUGCCGGACCGAGAGCUGGUGGGAGCAUUUCGAUCAAUCCGGAUGACAAUAUCUUACGCACUUUGCGCGUUCACUUCGCCCGGUUCGGUACACGGGUCGAUGGGACGGAUCUGUUGAACUUUAUUAUUGAUUAUGGCAACGGCCAGCAAAAAAACAGGACAGGUAGGAAACAAUCGCUACAGGAAACAAAAAUCAGAACAAAGUGAGGAGAAAGCGCUCUGUUGUGGCUGCAGUAGGGAGAGAAGGAAUAAGUUUUUCGCUUACAACAUUCGUUAAUCGAUCUCGGUAGAGAUAAAGGGUAACGCACAAUUGUUCUCAUGUAAUGAAGACCGAAGCGUGAUUUAAUUAUAAUCCUCGAUAUUUAAUUGCUUUUGUUUUGCAUCUCUUACUUGAAGCUUUGAUAUGUUCACCGAGCACUAGCAUUCUAAGCCGCUUUAGGAUAUAAUAACACUCGCACUUGUAAAGUUGUGCACGAACUGAAUGUGCAUUUCCGAUGAUCAUUAAAGUUCCUUAAAACUGCGAGUACCACCAGCGUUUCGGGGGAAGAAAACGCGGUUACAAAUGAAGAAAAACGAAACCGAUCGGAGAUACACCUUGAAUUGAAUCUAUUCCCUGCUCCCAAGCUGUGACAUACCGCAUCGUUAGAGACUGCUUUUGCAAGAAAAAACAAUGUUGACUAGUAACUUAAGUUCGCACUUAGCCCCAUCCCAUAGCAGCCAAGCAUGCUUACCGUGGAGUGUCGGAGGUUCUGAUUGCAAUGUGAUGAUACGCUUUAGCUAGAUUUGGAUUCGAAUAAUAGGCCAGUAAAAUAAGUAGUGGGUGUGGUGGCAUCGUGUUAUAAAAAUACCACCAGCACCCGAACCUUCUCUACACUUGAUUGUUGCAUGUCGAUAACUUAAACAUUUUGCCAUAAAAACUUAUCUAAAACGAGCAUCGACGAUGCGCACAUCGUGUUUGUAGGGGUUACCGCGACGAUCAUAAGGACCUUUAAAAUCAUUCAUUUUCUUUGGGUUCAAUUAUCGUUACCAUUAGCAGCUGGUUAGGACUGUAAAACACAAAUUUAUUCCAUCGAAUUUCUGUACAGUGGACGUUGGACUGAAAACGAUUCAUGACCAUUUAAUGUUAUGCUUUUUAAUGUAAGAAGUACUGUAAUCGUAUGCUUUUUGCCUUAACACCAUCGUCAAUCGGCUUUUGCUACGGGAUCGAUAUGAGGCUUAGUAUUGUUCGCUCUUUUUUUUUUUAAUUCAUUUUAUACAAACGCCAGCGACACAAGAAAUUAUGUGUAAAUAGUUUCGCAGCUGUUCGACCGACAGUAACAUUCAAUAAAUCUAAUCUUGCCCGCAAAGAAAAUUUAUAUCUCAUAUUACCGGCAUCAUGCUACUAUAGUGUAAAUUAAUGUACGUGUAAUUAAAGCCGAAGUAGAAAUGUUGCGAAUGCAACCGUUACAGCAGCAUUACAGCGGGGCGAACUGCGAAGAUGGGGCUGCUAGAGAGCAACUAAAUAAAUCGAUCCAUUACUCUUUUACGUUCUACCGCUUA